AUGGGGGUCGAGCUGCGGGCGAAGGCGGGGUGCCUACCAGACGCCCCUCGGGGCAGGCAUAGGCCGAGCGCGCCGCGCGAGCCCGCCGCUCCCGGAGCAGGGUUUGAUUCCGCUUCGCCUUUCCCAAGCCGAGGUCUCAGCCUUCGCACAACCCUGCGCGAGGCUGCUCCUCAAUGGAUACAAACAGCGAGCGUCUCAAUGGAUACAUUCUCGGAGUCAGCCAAUGAGCGAGCUGCGGAAGGGGCUGUUGCCGUGGGGACGGGCCGGCUGGAACAGGAAUUUCCGCUCCGGAUAAGCCCCAGUGCAAACAAGCUGCAACAGCGGGCUCCGCAGGAGGAAGGAGAAAGAAAAGGAGGCGGUGGCGGAGGAGGAGCAGGGCACAUAAACCAGGGCACUUCAGUUGUCUCAUGUUUCCUUUUGUUGAGAGUUCACACUUCGCGUCGGAACUUUUGCGCACAAAUGGUGCAAUUAGAAGACACAAAAGCCCUUGUUCGAGACGCCUAUGUUCGCGAGGUAGCUUUAGGAAAACUUAAGCUGACUUUUUCCCUUCAAAUUCACUCGGGCCCGAAACGACUGUUCUGGGGACCUAAAUCACCGCCCUUCCGCCACCCAUCGCACACGGGGGGGUCGCGCUCGUUAAUCAUUUCUGGUCAGCGAGCUCGGCUUCCGACUGAGGAGCCGGUCUGGUGGGACUGCCUAGGUAAGGUGCGCGAGGGCGCGCUGGGCCAAGCCGGCGUCCUCGCCACCAGCAAGGUGGGAAGGAAGUCCUGCCGAAAGGCUUGCAGUCUGCGGGGGCUCAGCUGGCGGACUGGACGACUGGUUACUAUAGACAAGGACUCAUGUCCCAGGGGCGCCUCACUACACCCGGCCGGCUGCAGCCUUCACCCCGCCUGGCACUGUCCCCCACUUCGGCCUGGCCCCCCUUCCCUGCGCAAGCUACAGCACCCCCCACCCCCAGCGCCCGGCACACGCGGAGCCCCGGCCGCGCUUGCGCGCUGCGCUCCUUGCCGCUGCCCGCUGUCCCACCUCCCGGCUCGGCAGGCACCGGGCGUUGCUCGACCUCCCGGACCGGUGCGGAGGCCGAGAGCCGGCCUCUGGCUUCCGUGCGGCCUGGGACGGGGUGGGGGGUCGAAAAGGAGUGCCGACUUGGACUCCCUGGCUCCCGAGGUGGGCGGGGAGUCGCGGGGACGGUAUCUACGGCUCUACCAAGCAAGCAGAUCUCCAACAGAAAAGGCAGAGAGGGAAGUUGGUUUCUACUCAAACCCAGUUUGAAAGUGCUGUUACUUGAGCUUCAGCAGAGAUUUGGGAGGACAAUCCCAGCACUUCGCCAACCUGAAUAACGAAACGGUUAGUUUUACCCAUGGUUCUCUAUUGCGUGAAACCCUACCGCUACAGGAAUGUCGUUUCUUUGUGGCAUCUUUAAUCGUUCGGCAUCAAGGCCCUCGGGAGUGAGGCUGCCAGGGUUUGAAUUCUGCCCCACCUCUUCUUAGAUGUGUAACCUUGGUUAAAUCAUCUAACUGUUCGAAACCGCAGUUUUCCGCGUUAGUACGAUUAGUGUAAUAAUGAUAGCAGCUUCAUAGGGUCGCAGUGUUAAUUGAACGGGUACAAUGAAGUUCCCUAAUAUGGUGGAGGUGUGCUUUAGCUUAGUUCAUACCAGUUUCAUUGUUCUGAAUUGGGAGCCGGCAAAAUGAUCGGGAUCCUUUUGGACAUUUCUUUCCAACCCAAAGAUGCCCUUUGAGGCCUGCCCAGCCCCCCAGCCGCCCCCCGCCCCCCCGCGCAAACUGCCCUAACUAGUUUAUUCUAUUCCAACUCAGCUGUCAAGCAAAGCAGGUGCUGUCCUGACCAAAAAAAAAAGCCAGUUGGCAUUGAGUAGAUUCCAACUCAUAGUGACCCCAUGUGUGCCAUAGUAGACCUGUGCUCACUAGGGUUUUCAGAAGCAGGUCAUCCGGCCUUUCUUCCCAGGUGUCCCAGGCGGGUUGCUAACGAUUUCCACCACCCAGGUACCCUGGUGCUGCCCUAGACCAGGCUUAAAAUCCUUUAGCACUCUUAAUAAAAAGAAUGCUACCUUUCUAACUUCUCUGGACUAAACAACAACAACAAAAAAAAACCCUUGCCAAGUCAAGUGAGUUCUGACCCCUAGCGACCCUAUAGGACAGAGUAGAACUGCCCCAUAGGGUUUCCAAGGAGCUGGUGGAUUCCAACUGCCAACCUCUUGGUUAGCAGCCGGGCUCUUAACCAUUGCACCACGAGGGUCCUCUUUUAAAGCACCAUAUGCUGCUGCCACACCACACUGAUACAAUAGAAAUGAUGUGUAUUGGGCAUGGUCUCCAUUUAUGUGCUUAUGUGCUUGCAUGUGUAUAAUUUCAGUCAGUCUUCAACAACCCAU